AAAUAUUUUAUUCUCAUGGUUGUUUUGUUGCUCAUUUGUCUCUCUCCUCUUAUCCAUAAAGCCAAGAGGAAAUUUUCAAUCAGUGACAAAGAUCUGAUACUACAAGAUGAUACUGGCGUGGAGGUGGAUGAGGAUGUAUUCACUGACCUGCUGGAGGAGAGAUCAAAUAAUAUACUAUGGAAAGUUGUUGACAAGGAUUCAGAAUGCCAAGUUCUCGAUUCGUCCUCACAAACUGACACACUUUCACUGUCAUCUGAGACUGACGACAGCGCCGGACCAAGCUCCAAGAGACCUCGUUUUGAUGAGGCUUUUGAGGCAAAACAGUUUAUUAGAGGCAUUUUAGAAGAAAAUGCAGGAGGACCUGCCAUUUUGGCUCAAUAUUCAGAACAAGGAAAAUUCACAGACUCAACUCGACGGCACUUAGUCAACGUUGUGGUUGCACACAUUACAGGCAAAGAAGGACGUGUCCCAUCCAAAGAAACAAAAACCCGCUGUGCUUUAGGAAUUGUAACACUGUUCCCAUCACUAAAGGAUCCAUACUCAAGAACUGGAUAUAUACUUCAAGAUUUUGAUAUCAAAUUUGGAACAGAAACUGCUUCCAGACUUCUUGAACAAUGGGAUAGUCUAAAGCCCAAGAUUAUAGCUGAAGCAAAAACGCUUACUUCGACCUUGCAUCUGAACAGCCUGAUUUCAGCUGCGGAGUGUAAAGGACAAGAUGAUUCCGAAUGCCAAGGAUGGGACAAUGACAUGUCCUCUGUUUUACUCCUGGCCUACCUUUUGCCACUGCUCAAGAGGAAAUUUUCAAUCAGUGACAAAGAUCUGAUACUACAAGAUGAUACUGGCGUGGAGGUGGAUGAGGAUGUAUUCACUGACCUGCUGGAGGAGAGAUCAGAUGAUAUACUAUGGAAAGUUGUUGACAAAGAUUCUGGUAAGUGUUGUCAAUUUAUUUUGCUUCCAGAAUGCCAAGUCCUCGAUUCGUCCUCACAAACUGACACACUUUCACUGUCAUCUGAGACUGACGACAGCGCCGGACCAAGCUCCAAGAGACCUCGUUUUGAUGAGGCUUUUGAGGCAAAACAGUUUAUUAGAGGCAUUUUAGAAGAAAAUGCAGGAGGACCUGCCAUUUUGGCUCAAUAUUCAGAACAAGGAAAAUUCACAGACUCAACUCGACGGCACUUAGUCAACGUUGUGGUUGCACACAUUACAGGCAAAGAAGGACGUGUCCCAUCCAAAGAAACAAAAACCCGCUGUGCUUUAGGAAUUGUAACACUGUUCCCAUCACUAAAGGAUCCAUACUCAAGAACUGGAUAUAUACUUCAAGAUUUUGAUAUCAAAUUUGGAACAGAAACUGCUUCCAGACUUCUUGAACAAUGGGAUAGUCUAAAGCCCAAGAUUAUAGCUGAAGCAAAAACGCUUACUUCGACCUUGCAUCUGAACAGCCUGAUUUCAGCUGCGGAGUGUAAAGGACAAGAUGAUUCCGAAUGCCAAGGAUGGGACAAUGACAUGUCCUCUGUUUUACUCCUGGCCUACCUUUUGCCACCUGCUGGUGGUGGUAGGAACAAAUCCACAAAGAUAAGCACCAGAGAGGCAAUGGACCAUAUUUCGCAGUUUCACAAGGUUGGCAUGGACAGGCGUGUGAACUGUUAUGGAUCAUAUGUUGUGUUAUGUGUGUUCUGAUUUUUUUCUCUCAUUUCAGUCUUGCCGCAGUCUAACUGAACACAUUAAGAAGGCUGAAGGCCUCCAACCAAAUCUCCUUGCAGUUGGCUCAGCAAAGAAUAUCAUCCAUGAUUGCUACAUCGUUCUGGAUGGAAAACUUCUUCCAUGUCAGGCAAAGUCUUCCCUUUCUGCUUUUGAUGAACUUUUUAAAGCCUACUUUGUCUUUGGUGUGUCAUAUCCCCACUGCUUGAAUGCAAUGUACACAUUCUUCCAGACAACAAUCUACAAAAUAGAUGUUGGUACAGUUCGUGAAACCCCUAGAGUUAAGGACCUACGAGCUAAACUUUUGAACUAGUUUCUAGUUGCAAAAAUGUUUCGCUGCUUUGUUUGCAAACUGGUACUGUCAAAGUCAAUGACCUAAUUCGUCACUUGAAAUCUAUUCAUGCUUACUAUACAGGGAAAAAACUGAACUUAAAAUGUGCACAAAGCAAUUGUAAAUAUAGCUUUAUGACCUAUGCUGGUUUUAGAAAACACUUCAGUAGUGUACAUAGAAAUGACUUUAUAGACCAGAUUGUUACUGAAAAUUAAAGUGACAGAGAUGAUGAACAAAUGGAGAUAAUGCCAGUUUUACAUAUUGUUUUAUGUUCUUGCACUUAUUGUUGAUUAUUCUGAAAAGGAAGUUAUUUUUGCAUUCAAUACUUGUCUUAAAUGUAUUCAAUACAUGUCUCUGAAAUGAUUCCUGUUCUUUUAACAACGACAAAAACACAGAAACUUUCAGAAAUAAAAAAUAAUUUUAUAUAUGUUUGUUUCAUCAUUGUGUGCUAAUCACGUAAAAUUAGUACAGUAAAAGUAAUCAAUCACUUAAUUAACACAAACAAUUAAUAUUACUGCAUGAGUAAUUAAUAUUGCU